AUGGGCGACGUUGACAGUUUGAACGACAAGCCCCCCGCUAGCAGCAACAUCGACAAGCGAGACAGGGAAUACGGCAUGUUCCAGGAUCCUCUCGUGGUGAAACAGAACAAAGAGAUUGAAAGUGGUUUGCAGAAGCAACUAGACGCCUUCUUCGAGGAGGUGCGGCAUCGUGAAAUCUACGAAUUCAUCAUCAAGCAUCGCCCUGGGAAACCUGUGCGAGCUGGGCCCAGACUGCGCGGAAGUUACAAUGCCAUUAUCCCCCUCGAGUACACCGACGGAAGCGCAGCUUUGCGGGUGCGCCUCCCUGGCCAAACCGCAUUCCCGGACGAGGCAGUCCGUGUGGAGGUUGCCACGUUGCGCUACAUCGAGAAGAUGACCUCGAUACCCGUCCCGCAUGUCUAUCAUUGGGGGACCGCAGCGGAGAAUCCCUUGGGGCUCGGUCCCUAUAUCAUCAUGGAUUACAUUCCCCACGAAAACAGCCUGGAAGACCUCCUCAGGGACCCGACCGUUCCUGAUUACAAAGGAGACCUAGAUCCCAACAUCCCCAGGGAUAAGCUCGAGCGCCUGUAUAGGCAAGCCGCGAACGUCAUCCUGCAGCUUUCCAAAUUGGAAAUGCCCAAGAUUGGCUCUCUCCAGCAGCAAGGGGAUUCCUUCGGCAUCGGCAGCCGGCCUCUGACGCAGGACCUGAACGAUCUCGUUGUCCAGGGCGGAAUCCCACCCUCCACACUCCCUCCCGAAAACGCCACCUAUUCGACCUCAGACGAGUGCAAUUGCGCCAGGGCAAGCUUUUCGACGCCACUGGCAUAA